AUGUCCCCUCCUCCUGAUGUCGACCUCGACGAGUCCCCCACCGGCUCCCCCGAGCUCUUGGCCCACGAUACCCUUCCAGAGGAUGCGCAGGUACCAGAGGUAUCCAUGGUCGAGGAAACUGCCGUCACGGGCGUCACAUUUUCACCCGAGCUUUGGAUGCAGCGUCGACAGUGGGCUCUACAGGCGCUCCGAAAGGAAGGUGUACGAUCUGUCCUCGAUGUAGGAUGCGGCGCAGGUGCGCUCCUCGAGACGCUCAUGAUGCCAGCUUCUACCGUCUACGAGCCUCCCAUCAAGCCUGCCCGGCAACAGAAAGGCUCGCAGCUCCCUAGUCCUGUUGAUAGCGAUGAAGACGGAUUCGACCAUGAAAGCGAGUUGUUCAUCAACCGUCUUGGAGGUAUCGACGUUUCCCGCGACGUCAUUGCUCCCGCGCUCUCCAUCAUCAACCCCCAAUCCUCCUCCAACGCCUUCCCUCCCCCUCGUCCCCGCUGGGAACCCCUCAGCACGGAACUCUGGCUCGGCGGCCUCGAGAAGUACAACGCCAAGCUGGAAGGUUACGACUCUAUCGUCGCGCUCGAGGUUAUUGAGCAUUUGGACCCGAAUGUGCUCAGCCGGUUUGGUGUCGUUACGUUGGGGACGUAUCGGCCGAGAUUGAUGCUGGUUUCUACGCCCAAUUUCGAUUUCAAUGCCAAGUUUCCGCGGGCGCAGGAAGACGGGUUUGCACAGAGAGGGUUUGUGGAUCCUACCGGACGUACUCAGCGUGUCUUUAGGCACUCGGACCACAAGAUCGAGAUGACCGGAGCAGAGUUCAGGACAUGGGCCGAAACAGCUGCUGCCGACUGGGGGUACGAAGUCGAAGUAUCAGGCGUCGGAACAUCCUCCCACCCCUCCUUCUACCCCCCAGACGACAAACACAACGCCAACCAACCCAUCUUUGCCUCCCAAACCGCCAUCUUCCGUAUGGGCAGCGGUAUGCCCCUGCGCUCUCCCCGGUCCGUCCGCACGACACCGUUACCGUUCAUGCCCGCUAGCAAGGAAUCGUCGCAUCCGCACAAAUUGGCGGGGAGGUUUAGUCAUCCGAGGACGGCGCCAGGGGACGGGGCAAAGGCCGACCCGGAAGCUGUCAGAGCCAAAGUGAGAGAGUUUUUCGGGGGGUCGUCGACACCGGAAGUAUCGCUCGAAGAGCUUUGGGGGGUGUUGGCGAUAGCGGCGGUUUGUGGUGGGUCGAAGCGGUGGUUGGUGGGUUCCCUCGGCGGGUGGGGUGAUUGUGCGCCUUUAGGACAGGGAGGGCAAGCAGAUGGAGAGUUUGAAGUGACCAAGAGCAGGGGAGAUGGACUUUCCGUGAAGUGGACAGGAUGGGAACCGGUCAGCGAAGAGAAGGAGAAGGACUGGGGCACACCGAUGGAGGAUGUUGAGGCUGAUACGGGCAAGGGGUGGUAA